ACGGUCAGUGACGGCCAAAGAUGGCUGCGCCCAUGUAAUACGGGCGCGGGUGUUGACCUUUUUUAUUCCUCCUUGUCACCUUGUCCCUGUGGUGGCAGGCUGGGCACGAGGACCAUGCUGGGCCGGACCCUCCAAGAAGUUUCUGCAGCGCUGAAACAAGGCCAAAUUACUCCAGUAGAGCUCUGUCAAAAAUGUCUCUCCCUUAUCAAGAAGACCAAGUUUCUAAAUGCUUACAUUACUGUAUCAGAAGAGGUGGCCUUAAAGCAAGCUGAAGAAUCAGAGAAAAGAUACAAGAAAGGUCACUCCCUCGGGGCUUUAGAUGGAAUUCCUGUUGCAGUAAAAGACAACUUUAGCACAUCAGGCAUUGAGACAACAUGUGCAUCAAACAUGCUGAAAGGUUAUGUACCACCUUAUAAUGCUACAGUAGUUCAGAGGUUGUUGGAUCAGGGAGCUGUCCUGAUGGGAAAAACUAAUUUAGAUGAGUUUGCAAUGGGAUCUGGAAGCACAGAUGGUGUAUUUGGCCCAGUUAAAAACCCCUGGAGUUACUCGAAACAAUAUAGAGAAAAGAGGAAGCAGAAGUCCCAUGGUGAGAAUGAGGAUUCGAAUUGGCUUAUAACUGGAGGAAGCUCGGGUGGGAGUGCGGCGGCAGUAUCAGCCUUCACGUGUUUCGCGGCUUUAGGAUCAGAUACAGGAGGAUCGACCAGAAAUCCAGCUGCCCACUGUGGGAUUGUUGGUUUCAAACCAAGCUAUGGCUUAGUUUCUCGUCAUGGUCUCAUUCCCCUGGUGAAUUCCAUGGAUGUGCCUGGAAUCUUAACCAGAUGUGUGGAUGAUGCAGCAACUGUGUUGGGUGUGCUGGCUGGGCAUGACCCCAAAGAUUCUACCACAAUACAAGAUCCUGGUAAACCAUUUAUGCUUUCCAGCUUGACAGAUGUGAGCAAACUAUGUAUUGGAAUUCCGAAGGAAUAUAUUGUACCAGAAUUAUCAAGUGAAGUGCGAUCUUUUUGGUCCAAAGCUGCUAACCUCUUUGAGUCUGAGGGGGCGAAAGUAAUUGAAGUGUCCCUGCCCCACACCAGUUAUUCAAUUGUCUGCUACCAUGUAUUGUGUACAUCAGAAGUGGCAUCAAAUAUGGCAAGAUUUGACGGGCUAGAAUAUGGUCACAGGUGUGACAUUGAUGUGUCUACUGAAGCCAUGUAUGCUGCAACCAGGCGAGAAGGGUUUAAUGAUGUGGUGAGAGGAAGGAUUCUUGCAGGAAACUUUUUCUUACUAAAAGAAAACUAUGCAAAUUAUUUCAUCAAAGCACAGAAAGUGAGACGGCUCAUUGCUAAUGAUUUUGUGAAUGUUUUUAACUCUGGAGUGGAUGUCUUGCUGACCCCCACCACCUUGAGUGAGGCGGUGCCAUACCUGGAGUUCAUUAAAGAGGACAACAGGACACGAAGCGCCCAGGAUGAUAUUUUUACACAGGCUGUAAAUAUGGCAGGAUUGCCAGCGGUGAGUGUCCCUGUGGCGCUCUCAAACCAAGGGUUGCCAGUAGGACUACAGUUUAUCGGACGUGCAUUUUGUGACCAGCAGCUUCUUACAGUUGCCAAGUGGUUUGAAAAACAAGUACAGUUUCCUGUUAUUCAUCUUCAAGAGCUAAUGGAUGAUUGCUCAUCAGUCUUUGAAAUUGAAAAGUUAGCUUCUGUUUCUCUAAAACAGUAGUGAUACAUAUAGCAUACAAAUUAAAAUAACUUGAAAAUUUUGUAGUCUAGAGAAGUCAGAUGAUCUUGCUAAAUUCCUAUAAUUUGGUUCAUUGUCAACAGUCAUUCCUUGGACUCACUUCUUAAAAUUCUUGUGAUGUAGUUAAUUAAUUAUAAAUCAUCUGUCAGCAUUUAUUAAGUAUCCACUAAGUGUAAAGUACAGGAUUUCUACAUUAACACAAGAUACAUGUUCCUGAAAAAUGAUGCAUUCUGAAAAAAUGUUCAUUAAUAAGAACAGAGCUUAGAGUAAAAGUAAGCUUAGGGAUAAACCUCUCAAAACUUGUACAUCUUUGUAACCAAAGUGCUGAUAAAAACUGUAAUUUGUACCUCCAGAGACAACCUGAACAGCCAGGCAGACAGGUAGUUGAACAUGUGGUGGAGGCUGUCCCAGGAGAUGUUAAAAAUGCACAAAACAAUAAAAUGGGAGUAUUUGCUUCUGAAUUCUGAACAAAGGAGGUACAAGAGGAGCUCUGAGCACUGGAGGAAGUGCAACCUGCUGGGGCCCAGAGUCAUGAAGGACUGGGGGUAUGCCUCUCUGGGGAAAACCACAGGUGCAGACACUCUUUAUUUCUCUAAAAAUAGAGCUGCAAUGACUGAGAACUUUCUCCUUUUUUGCUGAAGGUGAAAAUUUUACUUCUGCUCUCCCAGAACCCCAUGCCAAGGAACCAGAACAACUCCACGUUGUACUGACUUCAUUUUUCUAUUUAACCAAUCACAAAUGAGCUCAUUGGUGUCACAGAAAUAUUUGUUGUAACUUUGAGAGACCAUCUUGGACUUGAAACUUGGUCGUGGAUCAUGACUUUAGUGGGAAACUUUCAAGAUACACAAGAAAUACCCAAUAUGAAAAACUUGUGGAUAAUUUGGUGAGGAUGCCAAAGAGAGGAGGCCCAUAGCCUCCUCCUUUACCCCAGAUUCUCUGUUCCUUAUGGUUUCCUUGCCCUCUUGGCUUUCUUUACAGGUGUUCUCUAUUUUGAGUCCCUUGAACCCAAAGAGACAUUAAUGAGAAUCUGUAUUCAAAAAUUGGGAAAAUAUUCAUGAAAAUCAUAGAUUUACCUGGUAUAGUUUCAUCAUUGGAUUUGUCUUUGCCAGAACACCAUUGUCAUCUCGUGUUGAUCAGGUCUUCUAAUUUGUCAUUUGUAUGUUACUAUACAUAUAUGUCAGAAGCUGAAUUAUUUUUUAAUAAAUUCACUUUGUUUAGUAAGGAAGAAAUCUUUUCUAAAUAUGAAUUAUAUGAGGGGGAAAUGUAAGUGGCAGAACUUUCUGCAGAGUCACUAGAGUGUUGGCAUGGUAGAAAGUUAACCUGCCCGUUACCUUUUCAUUAAUAGUUUUCUCUCCUCCCAGGAUCCUUCCAUUUCCAAAUACUCAAUUGGACAAACUUUAUAUAAAAGCCUUUGGUGCCAGGCCCACUAGUUUUCUUACAAAUCUUGACUCUGAAUCCCUGAAAGAGGAAGAAAUUCACGAGAGACAACUGCAUUAUUUUAUAAGAGGGAAAUCCAUCUUAGCUGAAGGAGCUAAUAUGAUGUAAAAAGCAAGCAAAUAAUAAAUCCUUGCCCUAGUCUUUUUUCAAUGUGUGUAUAAUUUGAAAUAACUUUUUUUUCAAAGAAUAUUUAUACAGUUUCUCCUAUUCCUAUCUCUCUUAUUCGUGUAUCUCUGCUUGAGCUGCACUAAUGAUGUGAAUCCUGAAAUAAGGAAGUGAAACGUUGAGUGUUCGCACAUAAUUAUACCCAACUAGCAUGAAAUAAUACCUAAUUUGUUUUUCUUUCUCCUCCAUCUUUACCCUAAAUCUAGGAGAUCUCAUUUUACCAAAUCACUGUCUGGGAAUUUAAGUGGGAAAUGGUUUCUGUAUCCCAGCUAAUUAAACCCUGAAAUUGUUAGCAGCAAAGCAAUUCCGAAAGGCAAAGGUGGCUACAAGUAUAAGAUGAGUUCCCUGAUCAAACACAGCAAAACAAAGAACAGUUAGAUUCAACAACAGAAGCAUCGGUAGAGUGAAAAAAUGUGAUGAGAUCACAAAACCUGGCACCCCAACGCCACCAAGAGCCCAGGGAGCAAGUGGGAAGGUCGCAUUCCCAAGAAAAUCACUUGAAACCAGGGAGGCAGAAUGUUCUCUUUGGCCAUUUGCUACCAGGUCAUCAGGAACACAGAGGACCUUGAGCCAGCUAGAAAAGAGCAUGGUUUCGAAGAGGAGCUUCUAAGAAUGACAAAAAAGAAAAAAAGAAUGGUGACUCCCAUUAGGAAAUCACCUGUACCUUCUAGUGGAGAGAAGAAAUACCUUUAGGAUUUUAGACUGAAAGACAGUGAAGAGAGCUGGUAUAGCUCAGGGAUCCUGCAGACUGUGUCAUACCCUGUUCCAGUCAAGGACAGGAGCAAGCUAAUGGAAUUUCCACCAUAACUUUCAUUCAUUAACUACUUUUAACUCCCUCUCUUUCCGCAAACAUCUGAUUAUCUAUACCGAGGCUAAAUAGGUACUGACUGUGCAAGCCUAGGCUAAAAUUUGUUCAUUGUGGUAAGAAGCACCAGAGAACAGUUUAAAGCAGGUUUUCCUCAGUUAUUUCAUAACUCAAGCAGCAUGUACACUAAAACAUAAACCUGAAAAUUUAAUAAAGUCAAAUAACAUGAGAAAAACCCAGCCAACAUUAAAUAAAAGUAAUUAUUGGAGGAUCUCAGUAGGUUAUUUUUUUCAUUACUUUCAUCGUCAUACUUAUUUCCUCAACUAUUUACUUUUAUGCCAUUGUAAUAAUGUUUUUAAUAAAUUGCCUAAAAUCCUUUUGGACUUAUAUCCCACUGAGGUGUGAAGAAAAAGAAAUGAAAAAGAAUAAAACCAGGAAUAAAAUCAAAAAUAAAAGUUCUCCUCAAGAUACUUACACAGAUGCUUAAAGGUAUAUAGUAUGACAUAGUGGGGAAUUUUCCUGUAGGCUACCUAAUGGAUAAGACCACCGAUUUAAAAAUCAAAUAAACUUGGGUUUGAACCCUAUUAUUGCCAUUUACAAGAUGUGUAACCUGUCUGAGCUUCAGUAUCCUGACUUGUAAAAUAGAGAUGAUGUUUACUCCAAGGGAUGUUUGGAAGGAUUAAAUUUAAAUGACGCAUGAUGCCUUGAUAGACUAAGCACUCAAUAAUUUGUAGCUAUAAGUAAAUGCGUACAAUUAGGAAUUUAAGUCAUUUUCUUAUACAGUUGACCCUUGAACAACACAGGUUUGAACUGCAUGGGUCCACUUACGUGUGAAUUUUUUUCUGUAUAAGUACAAUACAGCUCUGUACUGUACAAUGUAUUUUCUAUUCCAUGUGAUUUUCUUAAUAAAAUUUUGUCUAGCUUCA